AUGUUUCAAAUCAGGAGGUCAUUUAGUAGCAGUGCAACCAGAUCAAUUUUCGACAAGUUCUAUAAAAACGUUGUAGAUGCGGCCCCGAAAGAACAUGUGGUAAAGGAUUUGGUGAGACCUAUAGGUCUCUCAAGCCCUCCUGCAUCGAAUAGCAGUUAUUCGAAGGGCAACUCUUUGAGAGAUAUGUUUGAUAAUGAGAAAACAGACAAAAGGAGCCGAGAAUUAGGCUUGGAAUUCAGCAAAUCUGGAAUGUACGAGCUCCAUACAUUUCGAAAAACCAAUGGCAAGCUAUUCAUAUCCCCAAAAUCGUAUUGGCGCUCAGAUACAGCGUUGUACUUUCCCCAUAUCACUGGUAAAAACCUUUUGGGCGAAAACUAUAGUAUUGAGGAUCAGUUGAAGGGUAAGGUCAGUGUGAUGAGAAUGUUUACUAGUAAAGUGGGUGAUGACCUGAUAAAAAGUUACUUCGAGAACGAAGAACUGGACCUCAAUUAUUUGGGCAAGGAUCAUGAAUCUCUUACCAAAGGCCAUAAGAUACAGAUCAUAGAAUUGAAUAUGAUGGAGAAUUUUUUGAAAUCUAUCGUGAUGAAGUUGUCAAUGGGCAAACUGAGAUCACUGGUCCCUAAGGAAAACCAUUCGACAUAUUUAACCUGUCAAAGAGAUCAAUUGCCAUACACGCUUAGAGAACAACUACAAAUCAACAACGUUUACACAGGUUAUGUCAUCAUAGUGGACCCCAAUUUGAAAAUAAGGUGGAUGGGAUGCGGUCGCGCAUCUACUGAAGAGUUCAACACCCUAUGGAAAUGUGCCAGAAACAUUGCAAAUGAAUUCAAAGACUAG